GUAGGAUCAGCAGAUCACUACAACUAUUACAGCAAUGAGAUGAACUUUGCCCAACAAACAAAUCUACUUGUACUUCUUCUUUUUCCCCCCAUUUUGCAAUUCAACAACUUUAUUGUUCUCAAAGUCACGGAGGCUGUGAUAGAUCACCUUCUUUGACUUGGAUGGGGCGGGAUCUUACAGCUUCUAGUCAGACAUUAAGUCAUAAUCAAAGCAUUAGCCUGUUAAGUAAUGAUCUGUGACAACACUCUGUUUCUAAGCUAAGCUUCAUUUUGAUGACUGUGUGGUACAGUGUAGCUUUGGAGAAAAUUUUUGCUCUCAAGUCUCAACACUGGAAAUUCAUCCUCAUUUUCAGAAUUAUUUUAUGGCUUCUUUGCUGGAUCAUUUGGAAACUCUAAUAGAAACUGAGUACAAGUGAAACAAGAUAGUCAAGAAACAACCCUCUACGGGGACCAAGACUUUCCACCAAGGCAGGCUAGCAGAAGAAACCCCCCAAGAUGCCUGACACAAAAGAAGUGGAGCCGAUCCAUGUUUCCAUGAUGGUUCGUGCAAUCCAUUUCAUCUCCUGGUUCUACGACAUGGCCACCUACAUCCCGUGGCAGCUGGCAACCUACGGUUCCUGGCAGUACCAGAACCGUCUCAAAGCAGUACCGAUCGACGGCGACACUCAAAAUUCGUGGAGGAUGGUCGGUAGCAACCAGUUGAAGCUGAGGCGGCGGGAGGAGUGCAAGACGUUGGACGAAGACUUUGAGAUGAACUGUCUGGAGUAUGGAUCGCUGCAAGCUCUAGGAACUAGACAGAUCUUAUCGGAAGAAGAUGAAGUGCAAUCUAAUGGGAAAGUCUUUAAGAAGCUUAUCAUGGGUGAUUACAAAUGGAGAACAUACGCAGAGUUCUUUGAAGAUUCUGAUAACUUUGGAAAGGGUCUUGUUAGUCUUGGUCUCCAGCCUAAACAGAAUAUUCUUAUUUUUGCUGAAACAAGAGCAGAAUUCCAGAUUGGACUGCAAGCCUGCUUCAGAUAUAACUUCCCAGUUGUGACUUUGUAUGCCACAUUAGGAGAAGCAGCCAUUGCUUACGGAAUCAACCAAACAGGAAUUAAGUAUGUUAUUACAACCACAACACUCCUCACAAAACUAAAGUCAAUUCAGAAGGACAUUCCUACAGUGACUCAUAUAAUCUGUAUGGAAGAUCCAGUCACCAAGCUGGAUGAGAAGAAACUGAGUAACGGUAUCAAGGUUACAUCAUUCCAGUCAGUCAUUAACAGAGGAGCAGCUUCAAAGAAUGUUCAGAGAUUGAAACCAAAAGCUGAUGAUCUUGCCAUUAUCAUGUAUACCAGUGGGUCAACGGGGAAUCCUAAAGGAGUUAUGAUCUCACAUAGAAACGUCUUAGCUGCUGUUUGUGGAGCGGUGGAUCGCAUUGAUGGUGUAGAGACUGGUGAGGCUGCAGCGGUCUACUUGCCCUUAGCCCACAUCCUUGAAGUGGUGGUUGAAUUUUCCCUCAUCACAUUAGGAUGUCGUCUGGGCUACUCCUCACCGCAGACCUUAACGGAUACAGGAACCAGGCUUAAGAAGGGUUGCCCCGGUGAUGUUAGGAUACUCAAGCCUCAGCUCAUAGUCUUUGUUCCUAUGAUCUUGGAGCGUAUUUACAAGGGAGUGACGGAGAAACUCAAGGAGGGAAGCGCCAUUCAGAGAGCCAUCUUCAACUUUGCCGUGGACUACAAGUGCAAACAUCUGGAACAAGGAUUCAACACUCCACUCCUCAACAGAUUAAUCUUCUCCAAAUUGACACGUCAGCUCGGUGGCCAUGUACGGCUAAUGAUCUGCGGGGGCGCCCCGUUAGCCAGUAACCUUCAGCGUUUCAUCCAGUCGUGUUUCAACAGUUCACUCAUACAAGGGUACGGAUUGACCGAGACGUGUGGUGUGGCCUGUGUAUCAGAACCAAGAGACUUGCGAAUCGGUCACGUCGGACCACCCCUCACCACCACACAGGUCAAACUGUCUGACUGGCCCGAGGGUGGGUACACCAACAAGGACAAACCCAACCCCAGGGGAGAGGUCAUUGUCGGAGGUCAGAACAUUGCCAUGGGUUACUAUCAGAUGGACCAACUGACCAAAGAAGUCUUCAUCCAGGAUAACGGCAUCAGGUACUUCUGCACUGGGGAUAUCGGGGAGUUCCUUCCCGAUGGCAGUCUCAAGAUCAUUGAUCGUAAGAAGGAUCUUGUUAAGCUUCAGACCGGAGAGUACAUCUCCCUGGCAACGAUAGAGAACUUCCUGAAGAAGAGUCCUUUCGUUGACAACAUCUGUGUAUAUGCUGAUCCUCUGUAUGACUACUGUAUAGCACUCGUCGUACCCUACAAGAAAGCUUUACAGGAAGCAGCUAACAACAACAAUCUGACUGGUAAAUCUUUUGAAGAUCUUUGCGGCAGGUCAGAAGUACUCAAGGAAGUCUUAGCUUCAUUAGCAGCAGCAGGAAAAGAAGCCAAGCUCCAAAAAUGGGAAAUCCCCCGCAAGAUACAUCUCUGUGAGGAGGCAUGGACCCCUGAAAACGGACUGGUAACCGACGCCUUCAAGCUCAAACGAAAACCCAUUGCAAAUCACUACAGUGCUGCCAUCAACCAGAUGUAUGGAAAGAACCGGUAACCAGAAAAGGGAUCACCACUCGAUGAACUUUGUCUAUAAAGCAUCCUUGUAUAUAUUUUACUGACUCAAGUUGUAUCGACUCAAGUUCCGGAAGCGUCUUGGAUGGAAUCCUAUUCACUUACCACGUUUCUCCUCUCUCGCUUAUUAUGAGAAUAAUUCGAAAUGAGGUUCCAUCAAAUCGAAGCUGUGUUUCGCAUUAUGUUUUAGAGUUUAGAUAAAAACAAAUGAAUUCUCUUUCUCUUCCUUCUCCUCCACUUCUGAAAGUGUUUCAACUGUACUUAAUUAUCAAGUAUCUUUUCAAUCAUGACUGAAUGUAAAAUGUAUUUCACUUGAAUCAAUUUCUUUGUAAAUAAAUGCUUCAAAUGACAACAUUUUUAAAAUCCCUUUCCUCUCCCAAUCCUGUUCCUUCCCACUUUUCGUCUGCAAUAAAAAUUUCCGAAAAUUUUGCUUAAAAGGAAGGUUAUACCGACAAAAUAAAUACUGUAAAUAUUUUGAUUGUUAAGUUUAUUCUAUGGCAGAUAAUAAAUAUCAUAAUUGUGCACUGUAAUGUAUUUGAUCUUAGAGGGAUUUUCUUUGUAACUGUUCGAUGUGAAUUGGCAUUAAUUUGAUAAUUUCUCCUUAUGAAUUGAAACUAUGUGUACAACUGAAGUUAUGUUUGAUUUGUUUGCUCAUCUUGCCUGCGUUAAUCAGAUUGAUCACUUUCCAGUUAAUUGCACAAGGUUUGUCUGAUGUAGCAUUGAGAUAUAAAGUUAUUGUAACUAGCAACAAAAAGUAAUCCCAGAUUUCAUGCAAAUGCAUACAGAUAUCAGCUCAACCCUUGAUGAAAAUAAGAACAUGAUUUACCCAUUCUCCAUCCAAUUGCCCAAGCUUUGCCUGAUAUAGCGUCACUAAUGUAUAUUCACUCUUGAUAUAUAGCCACACCAGUAUUCAUUGUGUUUAUAUGCACAUGAGUAAGUUGCCCAUAUAUCAGAUUAGAGGUGCAAUCCUGUAAAAUUUUGGACUAAAGAAUUACAUUCAAUUAUAAGAUUGAUUGUAUCUUUGUUGCAGAGUCCAUCUUGUGGUGGAUAUUAAUCAUAACUGUUUGACAAGACAUACACAUGUGGAAGAGUUACAUUCCGGUGUAAGUGUGAUUUUAUGUCUUUAUCUGACAAAGUCCAUUUUAUUAUUGAUAUUAAUCAUAGUUGUAUGGCAAAUCAUGUAUUAUGAAGUUAACAUUAAGUUGUAAGAUCAAUUGUAUGCAAAAUCAGUGGUAUGUGAGCUGACCUGCCCGUGAUAAAUGAAAAAUCUGAGUUACGUUAAGAUAUCAAACACUGCCUUGCUUUUAAGUAUUUUAGCACCAUGCAGCUGCUGUAAUGUUUGGAAAUACUUCCAGAAAAGAGAGUUGUUUUUUCUUCAUGUUGUAUAUUAUGCUAGGCUCCAAUAUUUCUGGCUGCACAAAACGUAAAUUUGUAUUGGUAGCACGUGUCUACGCAUUAUUUUUACAAUCAUGACUAGGUUAAAAAAGAAGAAGUUAGAAAUAUAAAGACAUGGGUUGUUUUAGACUAGGUGGUAUUGCAAGAAAUUUUCAACCAGUUGCAUGUCGGUGCCGGGUGGAGGUCUAAAGAUCCAUCAUUAGUCUUGUAAAUAAAUCACAAAUUUGCAACUGUUUACUGGUGUUUUUCUUUGGCGUAUAGGAUUUGCUGGAGUUAAAGUCCAUUAGAAAUUUGCUAUCAAUAAUCGCAAUUGAUUGAAAUUAAGUUUCUAGUAACACCCCUCAAUCCAUAUUGAAUAACAUCUUUGGUAGUAUUGUUUGAUGGAAUGUCCCAUUAUGUAUAAUGAUUACUGCCUAUUAAGCUUUUAUUAGAAUGAGAAGAAAUGGAAUGAAGAAAGAUUUUGUAGGACAGAAGAAUUAAUGGUAUUUACAGAAAGCGUAUCAGUGUACUUAACAUCCAGUUAAUACCGAUAUUACAUCAUAUUUUUUUAUUGAGGCUUAACACAAAAACCACCCUAUUCUUCAGAGAGGUGGAAUGGAGAAGUUGCUGGACUGAACCGUAAGGUUCAUAGUUCAAACCCCACCACGGUGAACACCCAUGUCCUUUGAAAAGACAUUUAUCUAAAUUUGCCACUCUCCACCCAGGUGUAGGAAGUGGUUACACGCUGGGAUUCAAUUAUUGAACUCACUUGAGUGCUGUAUGGCACAUUAAAAGCUACGUACUAUGGAAGUAUGUAGAGAUCUUUAAUAAAGGUACUCUAACAUUAGUUGCUUCAAAUACUUGCAAACUUUCAUUGAAGCCGCCUCAAUGCCCCAUUGUUUUUAUUUAAUAAAAUUUAUUAGGAGUUGCAUGGAAGAGUAGGAUCCACGCUAAAAAGAUAUAGAUAAACUCAGCUCAGUAUUGCUGAGGAGCUUAUGGUCGAUGAGCUUGUCUGAAGAGUAUAGGUUAAGGAUCUCAUACGGCGAGAAACAAGUUGUGAAUACAACUUUUUGCAAUGUUUGUAUAUAGUAUAGGCCUAGUGUCCACACUUAACCACCCUCCGCCCAGGUGUUGAAUAGGUACUCGGUAGGAUGUGAAAGCCUAUGUAGAUGCCUAGUGAUUGAGUUUAGUAACUCUUACUGGAAUGCUCCCCAGGAAGUGGAGAAAGUGCAUACAGUUUUUUGCAAUGUUUGUAUAUAUAGUUAAUAGGCCAAGGGCAAUGCCCUCCUGGGUGUAUUCCUUGGACUAAUCCUUUGAAGCGCUAUAAAGCUUCAGAGAAGAAAAAAAAAAAGAAUGUUGAUGUAUUCAACUUUUGAUAUUAUCUUUAAACAGAUAUGAAUGUAAAUAUCCUUUAAAGAAGGAACAAUUUCUGUAAAUUUGUGUUUGAGAAGGAAAUGAUAUUGCAAUUGUAUGCUUGAGAUUGUGAUACUAAUGCUUGCAUUUUGAUUGAGAUUAUAAUUUUAUCAAUUAUUGUGAAGAAUUAAAAAAAUAUUUACUUCGUAGGACAGUGUCAGAUUGAAACUUCCCUGUCUGUCGAAGGCAUUGUUUUUUGUGAUUGUAU